CCUUUCCCUCUUCCUGCCUCCCUGCCCUGCCCGUGUCGCCUGCCGCUGUCGCGCGUCUCCUCCACCGCCCGCACGCCCGCCUCCCUCUUCCCCCCUCCUGAUCUCCUGCUCGCACAUCCACAGGGCGCGCUCGCCUGUCGCAGUUGGUCGCGCACCCCCCUCCGCCGGGGCCUCCGUCGGCCGCUUUCCCGUUCCCCCCUCCCCUCGCUCCUCCUGUCCCCUCCCCCCGUGCCCCGCGUAGACACGCCCCGCGCGGCCGCCAUGGCGCCGAACACCCUCGCCCCGAUGUCGGUGGACAAGGGCGCCUGCCCGAAGACCGCCAGCCGGAGCCACCCCGCCAAGAAGGCCGCCGGCGCGGCCGCCAACCCGGACAAGUACUCCUCCUUCGGCAAGGACGAGUCGGCCGCCGAUCCGGAGUCCGACCUCUACAAGCCGAUCCCCACGGUGCAGGACAAGUGGAAAAUCCUCCCCUCCUUCCUGGAGGUCCGCGGCCUGGUCAAGCAGCAUCUGGACUCCUUCAACUACUUCAUCAAUGAGGACCUGCGGCUGAUUGUCAGCGCCAACGCCCGGGUGGUCAGCGACGUGGACCCCUCCUUCUACCUGAAGUACACCAAUGUCUAUGUCGGCAAGCCCAGCAUCGAGGAGGACCUCACGCAUCAUGACAUCCGCCCGCAGGAGUGCCGCCUGCGCGAGCUGACCUACUCCGCGCCGAUUUUCGUCGACAUCGAGUACACUCGUGGCCGGUCGAUCGUCGGCCGGCGGGGCGUCCUCAUCGGCCGCAUGCCGAUCAUGCUCCGGUCCUCGCACUGUGUUCUCUACGGUCGCACCGAGGACGAGGUCAUCCAGAUGGAGGAGUGCCCGAUCGAUCCCGGUGGCUACUUCGUGUGCAAGGGUGUCGAGAAGGUCAUCCUCAUUCAGGAGCAGCUGUCCAACAACCGUAUCAUCGUCGAGCUCGAUCGCAAGGGCUUUGUCACGGCCUCGGUCACCUCGUCCACCCACGAGCGCAAGUCCAAGACCAACCUCAUCACCAAGUCCAACAAGAUCUACCUGAAGCACAACUCCAUGACCGAGGACAUCCCGAUUGCCAUCAUCCUCAAGGCCAUGGGCAUUGAGAGCGACCAGGAGAUCAUCCAGCUGAUCGGCUCGGAGCAGAUCUUCGCCGAUGCCUUUGGCGCCUCGCUGCAGGAGGCCUCCCUGGCCAAGGUGUUCACCAGCCACCAGGCGUUGGAGUACAUCGCCAACCGGGUGCGCAUGCCGAAGCGCGCGUGGGGCGGCCCGGCCGUGCAGCGCCGCAGCCGAGUCGAUGAGGCCCGCGACAUCCUGGCCCAGGUGGUGCUGGCUCAUGUGCCGGUGCCGCAGUUCUACUUCCGCAAGAAGGCCAUCUACAUCGGGCUCAUGAUCCGUCGAAUGAUUCUGGCCCAGAAUGACCCGUCGCACAUCGAUGAUCGUGACUACUAUGGUAACAAGCGUCUGGAGCUUGCCGGCCAGCUGCUUGGUCUCCUGUUCGAGGAUCUGUUUAAGCGCUUCAACUUCGAGCUCAAGCGCAGCAUCGACCAGACCCUGAGCAAGUCCAACCGCUCGCAGCCCUUCGACGUGAGCCGUCUGAUCCAGGUCCGCCAGGAUGUCAUCACAAAUGGCCUGGUGCAUGCGAUCUCCACCGGGAAUUGGUCCGUCAAGCGCUUCAAGAUGGAGCGCGCCGGUGUCACGCAGGUCCUCUCGCGGCUGUCCUUCGUGUCGGCCCUCGGCAUGAUGACGCGCAUUAGCUCGCAGUUCGAGAAGACCCGGAAGGUGUCCGGCCCGCGAGCCCUGCAGCCGUCGCAGUUCGGCAUGCUCUGCCCGUCGGACACGCCGGAAGGUGAGGCGUGUGGCCUGAUCAAGAACCUGGCGCUCAUGACUCACGUCACCACGCACGUGGCCGAGACCCAGAUCGCCAACAUUGUCUUCAGCAUCGGGGCCCAGGAUGCCGAGCUGUACAGCGGCACCGAGCUGGCCGGGUCCACGGCCCUGCCCGGGGUCGAGCCGUACCUGGUCUUCCUGAAUGGUAGCAUGCUGGGUGUGGUGAAUGAUGCGGACAAGUUUGUGUCGGAGUUCCGGCAGAUCCGCCGGGCAGGCCUGGUGAGCGAGUUCGUCUCGGUCUAUCGGAACAGCGCUCAGCGGUGUGUGCACAUUGCCAGCGAUGGCGGCCGCGUGUGCCGGCCAUUGGUCAUCGUGGACACGCGAACCGGCGCCCCGCGGGUCACCGCACGGCACAUCACCGAGCUGCGCCUGGGGCUGCGGUCCUUCCAGGACUUCGUGCGCGAUGGGCUGGUCGAGUAUCUGGAUGUCAAUGAGGAGAAUGACUCGCACAUUGCCCUGUACGAGAACCUCAUCCACCGGGACCAGACCACGCACCUGGAGAUCGAGCCCUUCACCAUCCUCGGUGUGUGUGCCGGUGUCAUCCCCUACCCGCACCACAACCAGUCCCCGCGUAACACCUACCAGUGCGCCAUGGGCAAGCAGGCCAUCGGUGUCAUCUCCUACAACCAGUACCAGCGCUUCGACACGCUGCUGUAUUUCAUUUGCUACCCGCAGCGGCCGCUGGUCACCACGCGGGCUUUCCAGAUGGUGGACUUCGACAAGCUCCCUGCCGGGCAGAACGCCAUCAUCGCCGUCAUGAGUUACACCGGCUAUGAUAUUGAGGAUGCGCUGGUCAUGAACAAGGCGUCGCUCGAUCGUGGCUUUGCCCGAUGCCAGGUCCUGCGCAAGCACUCGACCGUCAUUAAGAAGUACCCGAACCAGAGCUUCGACCGGAUUGUUGGUCCGCCCCCUGGCGACCAGACUGGCACCAAGUUCGGCGUCCUGGAGGCCGAUGGCAUUUGUGGCGUCAGUGAGCGCAUCGAGCCGGGCCAGAUCUACGUCAACAAGCAGACCCCCAUCAAUACCAGCGGUACCCUGCGCGAUUUGUCCGUCAUCUCGGACGCCAGCUUCAAGAGUGCCCCGAUGACCUUCCGCUCGCCGUGCUCCGGCUACAUUGACAAGGUGAUCCUCACUCCGAACAAUGACAACCAGCUCCUGGUCAAGGUCAACAUGCGAACCACCCGGCGACCGGAGCUCGGCGACAAGUUCAGUUCCCGUCACGGGCAGAAGGGUGUCGUCGGUGUGAUCGUCAACCAGGAGGACAUGCCCUUCACGGAUGAGGGCCUCUGCCCGGACAUCAUCAUGAACCCCCACGGUUUCCCCAGUCGAAUGACCGUCGGCAAGAUGAUCGAACUGCUGGCCGGCAAGGCCGGUGUGCUUGAAGGCGAGGACCGCUACGGCACGGCCUUCGGCGGUGACAAGGUCGAUGACAUGGGCGAGCAGCUCAUUGCCCACGGGUACAACUACUUCGGCAAGGACUACCUGACGUCGGGUGUCACGGGUGAGGCCCUGACGGCAUACGUCUUCUUCGGACCGGUGUACUAUCAGAAGCUGAAGCACAUGGUCAUGGACAAGAUGCAUGCCCGUGCGCGCGGCCCCCGUGCCGUCCUCACUCGCCAGCCGACCGAGGGUCGCUCUCGAGAUGGCGGUCUGCGCCUGGGUGAGAUGGAGCGCGAUUGUCUGAUCGGCUAUGGCGCGUCCAUGCUCCUACUUGAGCGCCUGAUGACCUCGUCUGAUGAGUUCGAGGUUGACGUGUGCAAGCGCUGCGGCCUUCUCGGCUACGCCGGCUGGUGCAACUACUGCAAGUCCUCCUCGGAAGUCAGCCAUCUGAAGAUCCCCUACGCGUGCAAGCUCCUCUUCCAGGAGCUUCAGGCGAUGAACAUCGGAAAAAUCUAG